AUGGCCGAAGGUAUUGUUUCAAUAGUGCUCGAAGGGCUCAGCAACCCUAUCAUUCAGGAAUUGAAAUCCUUGAAAUCCGUGGGUGGUAAGGUUCAGAGUGCACAAACCCAGCUACAAUUCAUGCAAGCCUACUUGAAAGAUGCAGACGCAAGCCAGGGACGAAAUGAAGCAAUACGCAUUUGGGUGGCAAGAGUCAGAGAUGCUGCUUAUGAUCUUGAGGAUGUCAUUGAAACUUACGUCUUAAAAGUGGCUUUCAAGAGGAAACCAAAUCUUUUGACAAGGGUUACUGGCAUCUUCAUAAGAGGAGUUAAUCUGUAUCAGAUUGGCUCAGACAUUGAGAAAAUUACAACCGAAAUUUCAGAGUUGAGAUCGAGUCUGCCAGGUGACCUAAGGGAGAGUGGAGAGGAUGCCAUUGAAACUUAUGUCUUAAAAGUGGCUUUCAAGAGGAAACCAAAUGUUUUGACAUGGUUUAUUGGCAUCUUCAUAAAAGGAGUUAAUCUUCAUCGGAUUGGCUCAGACAUUGAGAAAAUUACAACCAAAAUUUCACAGUUGAGUUUGAUUAUGCCAAGUUUUAACCUACACCAAACAAGGGAGAGUGGAGGUGACACUUUUUUUCAGAGGCAACAGGAACGGAGGAUAGCUUAUCCUCAUAUUGUCGACCCUCAUGUGGUUGGGUUAGCCCCUGGAACAGAGAUAUUGGCUACGCAUUUGAUCAAAGAAAAAGGCCCCCGAGUUGUUUCUAUUUGGGGGAUGGGCGGGUUGGGUAAAACCACUCUUGCAAAACAAGUGUAUCAUCAUGGUGAUAUUAAGCGUCAUUUCGAUUGUUUUGCCUGGGUGUGUAUUUCUCAACAAUGCCAAGCACGGGAAGUUUUGGAAGAAAUUCUGACUAAACUCAUUUCUCCUACCAAUGAGGAAAGAAAAAAAAUUGCAAAAAUGAAGAUUGAUGAAAUAGCAGAGAAACUUUGGAAUACGCAAAGAUAUAGGAAAUGUUUGGUGGUGCUUGAUGACAUUUGGACCAGUGAUGCGUGGAGCUCUUUGCAAGCUGGAUUUCCAAUGAAUGAGGAAACUGGGAGCCGAAUUUUACUCACUACUCGCAACAAAGAAGUCGCUUCGUAUGCGGACAAAAAUGGUUUCCUCUUCGAACUACAGUCAUUGAAUGAUGAUGAAAGCUGGGAACUGUUUGAAAAGAUAGCAAUGUUUGGACCGGAAGAUACAAACCAUAAAAUUUAUGAACAUAAGAAAGAGCUAGGAAGGGAGAUGCUUCAACGUUGCAAAGGUUUGCCACUAGCCUUGGCUACGCAUUUGAUCAAAGAAAAAGGCCCCCGAGUUGUUUCUAUUUGGGGGAUGGGCGGGUUGGGUAAAACCACUCUUGCAAAACAAGUGUAUCAUCAUGGUGAUAUUAAGCGUCAUUUCGAUUGUUUUGCCUGGGUGUGUAUUUCUCAACAAUGCCAAGCACGGGAAGUUUUGGAAGAAAUUCUGACUAAACUCAUUUCUCCUACCAAUGAGGAAAGAAAAAAAAUUGCAAAAAUGAAGAUUGAUGAAAUAGCAGAGAAACUUUGGAAUACGCAAAGAUAUAGGAAAUGUUUGGUGGUGCUUGAUGACAUUUGGACCAGUGAUGCGUGGAGCUCUUUGCAAGCUGGAUUUCCAAUGAAUGAGGAAACUGGGAGCCGAAUUUUACUCACUACUCGCAACAAAGAAGUCGCUUCGUAUGCGGACAAAAAUGGUUUCCUCUUCGAACUACAGUCAUUGAAUGAUGAUGAAAGCUGGGAACUGUUUGAAAAGAUAGCAAUGUUUGGACCGGAAGAUACAAACCAUAAAAUUUAUGAACAUAAGAAAGAGCUAGGAAGGGAGAUGCUUCAACGUUGCAAAGGUUUGCCACUAGCCAUCAAGGUGCUUGCAGGACUUCUUGCUAGAAAAGACACAGUUGAUGAGUGGAAUACGGUGCAUAAGAAUGUUUAUGCAUAUAUAAGGAGAGGCACAGACCUUGGGCCCGAUUACAAAGGUGAAGGAUAUGAAGGGGUAUCAUGGGUAUUGGAAUUGAGUUACGAUAACUUACCUUAUUACUUAAAACUAUGUUUUCUCUACUUAGCCCAUUUUCUGGAAGAUUAUGAAAUACCGGUGAGUACAUUGACUAAACUAUGGAUGGCGGAAGGUUUUAUAUCAUCGGCAUCAGUGGAAGUAAUGGAAGAUGUAUCAUAUAUGUGCUUAAGUGAGUUAGUGGGCAGGUGUAUGGUUCAAGUUGGAAAACAGGGUUCGAAUAAGAAGAUCAAGACUUGUCAUCUCCACGAUCUUAUGCGAGACUUAUGCAUGUUAAAGGCAAAAGAGGGAAACCUACUCCAUAUUAUCAAUUAUUCUGCAGAUGUGGAGAUCAAGCAAACACCAAACGGUAGAGUUCGAAGACUUGCCAUCUAUUUGGACAAAAAAGUUGAUAUAUAUGGUCUGGGAAAAGAUGAAAAUUAUGGACAUGUUAGGUCUUUGUUAUUUUCUGCCUCAAUAUACUUCAUGAACUCAAAGGUAUUACAGUCACCAUUAAAGAACUUCACAUUACUUAGAGUUUUGAAGUUUGAAGGUAUACGUAGUGGAGUGUUCAAGUUACCGCAUGAAAUUGGGAAUCUAGUGCACUUAAGGUUUUUAAGUGUAAAGGAUAGUAAUUUUCACGCGUUGCCAUCAUCUAUAGCAAAUCUGGUAUGUUUGCAGACUCUAGAUUUACGUAGCAUUGAUCGGGAUUUUAAAAUUCCAAAUGGAAACAUGUUUUCCAAGAUGGAAAAAUUGAGACAUAUAUAUUUACCCAGAUAUCACAGUGCAAGACGUCUGUUAUUUGCUACUGAGGCAGUGAAUAUGCACACAGUAGUUAAUAUUUGUAUUCAGGCAUCAUCUGAUCUAGAUGAUUUUGUUAAACUAAUCAACCUUAGAAAAUUGGGGGUUAACAUAUUUGACGGAGGGGACAAAAAGGAGAAAGGGACAAACAUCAUAUUUAAGCAUCUCCACUCUCUAUCGGUUGGCUCGGGAUGGUUUGAACCAAUACCAUGGAACAUAGUAUUAAGCUGUCCUAAUAUAUACAAGCUGCGACUAUACGGAGUAAUCAGAGAGUUACCAAAAGAACUCAUGUGCCAUGAGAAACUCACCAAGCUUACACUGAUAAAUUUUGGUAAUCUCGAGGACGACCACAUAAAAGUAUUAGAGAAGCUACCAAGCUUGAGAAUGCUUUUUGCUAGGUUCGGUUAUUUUCCAGCACUUCUUGUUUGCUCAAAGGGAGGCUUUCCAUUACUCGAAUUUCUUUCUCUUGCUAAGUUGACGGCGUUAAAAGAAUGGAAGGUGGAGAAAGGAGCCAUGCCUCGUCUAUGCAGAUUGCACAUUGAGGAGUGCUUAGAUUUGAAGGCAGUUCCUGAUGGGCUCCAAUAUAUUACUACCCUCAAGGAAUUAACCAUCAAUGAGAUGCGUUCUGAAUUCUGUAGCCGGCUUGGGGACGGAGGAGAGGAUUUUUACAAAAUCCAACAUGUGCAGUCUGUUAUUAUAACAAAUAUUUGGGCAUAAGAAGAUUCGGAAUAAAAUGGGAAAAAGAGUUGAGGGCCGAGCAACAGCAAAAAGAGUCGGGUGAAAAAAAGUUUCCCGGACUCCUAAUGCAAAGCAAAGCCAGGGAACGUUAACCAUUCGAAUAUCUUUUGGCCAAUUCUUUGGCUCUUUUCUUUUUUUCAUUUUAUUCCUGGUUUUUUUUUCUUUUUUGAAUUAUAAUGUUGUAUGUGAUUCUCUUUCGUUUGUAUCUGGGACUCACUCUAUACUCUU